AUGUCCAUCAAUGAGGCUCGCAACCUGCAUGGUCACCGUGCCAGAACCAGAGAUCAGCUGCAGGAGGAAGCAUUUCGGCUUGGGCUCAAGUCCAUUGAUCAGCUGAGUCUCGAACACAUCGAUGACCAUAGUGGUGGCGGUCGACGCGUUGGGAACAAGCACCCAAUUGGUCGUUUCAAUCCUCCCCAAGCGCUCUUGUCCCGUCACAUUCCCCGACCGCAGGGUUCAAAUCCUCCUGCCUCUUCCAAGGUCACCCCGAAUCCGAAUCGCGAUAGGCCAGAACAUGGUCGACCAUGGCCGCCGGCACCGCCCCUUGGCACACCCAGUCCAGCACCUGAUACGCGACUGAACGCCUCACCUGCCAAAGCUGUUAUAAAGAGGAUGCCUGGUAUUGCUGGAGGUGGUCAAAUCCCUGCAAAGGCUGCGCCCAUGAAGCCACCACCUGCGCCUGUUCGACAGCCUCAGGCAUUUAUCCUUUCUGACCCCUCGGACUUCAUGUCAGCAGUGAAAGGUCCGUCCAAGAAAGCAGAACAGUCAAACAACGAGGCGCCGGCUCCAAAAGUCAGUGCUGGCCACGACACUCCUGCACCACCACCAGCCGCGGCUGCUCAAGAGAACGUACAUCCAAACCUCUCUGAUCCCUCCAUUCGGCGUGUCCCUAUCGAGGAGUUUUCUUUCCCUGCCGCUGCUGCUUUGGCGCCUGGUGAGGUGGCGACCCAUACUGAUGGCGCUCCAAGUCCCAUGACGCUGUCUGGCUUCUCAGCCUCGACAGACAUGCAUGAGCAAGCCCCUGUUUCAACCGAAUCCCAUGGCAGUGACCUGAUCGGCCUUGGUAUUGGCAACGUGGAGGUGCAAGAAGCGACUACAGUCCUAGACGUGCACCAAUCCUCGAAUACUGCUGCACAAGUGUCUGGCCUGUCACCCACGGGAAGCAUCAUGGAUUCGCCAAUUCUUGACGACGUCAAGAGCGAUGUUCUGCCUGCUCAACCAGGUAACUUCAUCGAAUUCGCUGGACGCAAGUACGUUUCUCUCGACGAGCUAUUGGCACUCCGCGAAGCCAUUGAGAGGCACAUCAGCACCGCCGUGACGACCGAUGCCGCCGCCGCUCGCUCUUUUGAGAAACCGACUGAGGCUGUCGACGCGCCUAGAGCACAGCGCACUGUGGCGUCUUCGACAACUUCCUCGUCAACCCCCACGACGGCCGUUCCAGCGCGUCAUGUCAAUCCUUUUGCGCCGCGCGAACCAGUUAGCAACGAUUACGCAAACACCAGUGCGACCGCUGCUCCCUCAGCUGACAUCAAGAAAGAAGUCCCAGCCGUAAAGCCUGAGAAAGCCCCAACCACCACUCGAACCGAGCCAUUCACAUCCAAGACCACGAUCAGCUCGAAGUGGGGGGACGAACCAUCAGAUCAGCCAGCUCGUUCCACUCCCUUCUCCUCCAAGACUACCAUCAAGUCCAAAUGGGGUGACGACCCGUCCCCUCAACCAUCUCCCGUCCCUAUCACGUCUGUCCGUACUCCAUCCCCGAUCAUCGGCGAUCGCAGAGUGUUUGGUGCCAAAGGCGCCGAGUACGACCCUCCCCCAACCCAGGCGGCGCAGAAGCGCAAGUUCCACGAACCCGGUCCGGGCUUUUACGCGCUGGUGCAGAGUUACGCGAACAUGAACCUUGGCAAUGGUAACGAGCGAACGUGA